AUGGAGUCUCAUAGCUCUAUCGACAUUCAUGAGAGUACAUCAUCAACUUCUGAAAGUGAAGAUGAGAUUGAGUUCGUUGGAGAAGGACCUUUAAGACCUGUGCUUGAAUGCAUUGAUCUUGUCAGUAGCGAGGAUGAAGAACCUAACAGCAGUUCUUACACUCAUAGAACUAUUAAGCAUAAAGAUCACAUUGACUAUCAGAAAGAACGAGUUGCGUCAACUUUGGAUCGUCUGGCACGCCAUGUUGAAGUAGAGAAACAGCAAAAAGAAGAGAAAAACAAAGCCUUUAAGGAGAAAGUUGAUUCCCAAUAUGCUCAUGGGUUGCAAGAACUAGAAUUUAUUCGGGAACGCAGCGACACGGAAGCUGCAAGAUUAUGUGUGGACCAAUGGUUAAAAAUGCCAGGUCUCAAACCAGACACCGUUAACAGUGGAAAAAGGAGUAUUUAUAAGAGGGCAGGUCAGGCGCAAGUCAACAGCAGUCCCAUAUCUUGUCCUGUGAUGCAUUGCAACAGAGAGUUUGAUAAUAGACCUCUUCUCCUAGGUCACCUUCAAAGGUUUGAUCAUUCUCCUUGUGACCCAACAGUCACAUUACAUGGACCCCCAAAUAAUGCUGUUGCCUGUGUGAUAUGCUGCAAAAGAUUUUCAACCUCUCAGCAGUACAGUGAUCAUCUUUUAUCUAAGCUAAAUGAAAAUGAUGGACAUAAAAAAGAUCUCCCUCCACAGCAUAUUCAGUGUUUUGCAUGCCCAAACUGCUUCCUCCUUUUCACCAAAAGAGACGAAUGCUUGGAGCAUAUGUCAGGAAAGAACCACUUCCUCCAGGUUUCUAAAUUGAGUGAUGAAAUGAAGGCUGGCCUUCCUCUACCUUUCCCAUCCUAUGCAAAGAACCUUCUGAUAUCUCUGUGCAAAGAAGUCCCUUUCCAAGUAAAGUGUAUAUCCUGCUACCAGAUACUACGCUCGCAUAUGGAAUUAACAGCUCAUUUCAGAACACGUUGUCGUAAUUCUGGGCCUGUGGCACUGUCAAAGAAGAGCAUCUCCCAAGUUGCAGAGAUAUUUAAGACAAAAGGUUACUGUGAGAACUGUGAUGAACUGUUUGCUGAUAAGCAUCAGAUCACCCAGCAUAAGCAAACCACUCAACAUAACGUAAAAGUUCUUAGUACAUUGGAAGAGUCCAUCUUGAUGUUCUGUCAUAUCAAUGGAAAAAAUAAAAAUCAGUCUCAUUUGUGCAAUAUUGUGGAUCGGUCAAGACCUCUGCUUAAAAGACGUUUGACUUCAAAUGAGUCUACCAGUGAAAGAGGGUCUACUCCUUCAAAACGGAAGAGUGAUUUAAAAGUUAAAAAUGAAGAUUGUGGAGCAAACCAGAGUCAAGGUAGCGAAGACUGCAAAGUAAAAGCCUGGUUUUGUGAAUGCCUUCAAAAGUUUUUUACCGAAGAGUCAGUAGAAAAGCACAUUUUGGCAGCAAAUAGGAUUUGUCACAAGUGUGCUGUGUGUGGAAAGCUUGCUGAAAAUUCAAGCAUUAUCCGCCUACAUAUGAGUCGAUUCCAUGGGGGAGCGCACUUGAAUAAUUUUCUUCUGUGGUGUAGAGCAUGCUCUGUAGAUCUCCUCAGAGAAGAGGAUAUUAUGGGACACGUGACUGAAUUUCAUGGUGGACAUAGUUAUUAUUAUGAGCAAGAAGCUCUAGAAGAUGAACCUAUGCCUUCUGCUUCUGACACAGUGUGCGUUUCUGCAGGUGAAAGGAAAGGUGCCAUUCCUCGUCCUGUGGAACUCUCCCCUGAAAAAAGCCCUAUUCUGGGAAAAUGGCAAUGCCGCAUUUGUGAGGAGAUGUUUGAAUCUGAAGAGAGCGUUAAACAACAUUGCAUGUCCUUAGAAAGCCAUGCCUUUCACAGAUAUUGCUGUGGCUUAUGCAGAAAUCACUUUCGGAAAGUAGGAACAUUACAGCGACACUUCCAAGAGCAUAAUAACCAGGAGAUACAGACUAAAUACUUCUGUGGCCUUUGUGGUAAUCUCUUCUUUGACACAGAAGAAGAAUUUCUAAUUCAUUAUAAGGAGAUUCAUAGCACGGACUAUGCAUUUGUGCCUGAGCAGAUGGAAGUAUCAAUAAAAAAAGAGGAAGACUUCCUCCCAGUAGAAAAAGGAGACCUUUUAACAUGUGGUUGCCGGACAACUUAUGUCUCCAGAAUGAACAGGAGGAACGAUUAUGUGAAUUGUCAGAAAGCCAUGCUGCAAAAAGGAAACUUAUGGUUUCGAUGCUGCUCCUGCUCUGCAACUGCACAGAAUUUUGCUGAUAUGAACAGUCAUCUCAACAGUCAUACAUCAGCAAAACACAAGGAAGAAAUGUAUGUUGUUAGAUGUGCUGCAUGCAACAAAAACUUUGACGAUCUUCAGAGUGCACAUCAGCACUAUCACAUGAAACACUGCUUCUUGCAGAAACCUGAUUUAUCAAGUCUUGCAUCAGAAUCGGAAAAUACAGUAUUCAAGUUCACAGCAAGUGGGGCUUGUGUGGACAGAAAACCUCACAAGCUAAAACUUCAAGCAUCUCCAUCCAAGAGACCACAGUCGUCUCCUCUGCAGGGACCAACACAGGGAAAGAAGGAAAAAAAAGAAAAUUCAACACACUCUGAAGAACCUGGUGAAGAUGAACUUCCUGAUCUUGACUACCUCAGUACCAUGACUCACAUUGUGUUGGUGGAUCUGGACAACUGGGGAAGCUUAUUCACGCAGCUGCCAGCUAACCUGAACCAAGGGACGUUUAUCUGGGGUUUUCAAGGUAAGAAGUGGUUGAAGAAAAUAGGAAGAUAA